AUGGCCACAGAUCGAGUGGCUUAUCUUCUUCUCCGCCACUCAAAGCCGCUCUCUGAAAACCCACACUGACCCUCUCUGCUUAUACAAACCACACAACAAUGUCACUUCAAGCUCACCUGGUUCAUUUCCUUCUCAGCCAUGGCCGCCGCAAUUUCCUUCACAAUCUCUAGCUCUUCUCUCUGGUCUCGACUUUCUAAACCCGCUUCUAAAUUUCGCGAUCGCCGUCUGAGAAUCAUGGCCGCGGCUACCGGAACUAAGGUGGUACCCGCUGUGAUAGUCGGAAGUGGGCGCGUUGGGAGGGCGCUGCUGGACAUGGGAAACGGCGAAGAUUUUUUGGUGAAGAGAGGCGAGUCCGUGCCCCUUGAUUUUCCAGGUCCUAUACUUGUUUGUACUAGAAAUGAUGAUCUUGAAGCUGUUCUUGAAUCCACUCCUCAAUCGAGGUGGAACGAUUUGGUUUUUUUCCAGAAUGGAAUGCUGGACCCUUGGUAUGAAAGCAAAGGUCUAAAUGAUGUUAAUCAAGUGUUAGCAUAUUUCGCUAUCUCAAAGCUGGGAGAGGCUCCUGUGGAUGGAAUAACGGAUACCAAUCCUGAAGGACUGACAGCAGCGUAUGGAAAAUGGGCAUCUGCCGUAGCUGGAAGGCUCAAUGCUGCAGGCCUCUCCUGCAAGGUUCUUGACAAGGAAGCAUUUGAGAAACAAAUGUUGGAGAAGCUGAUUUGGAUUUCUGCAUUUAUGCUCGUUGGAGCACGUCAUCCAGGUGCGACCGUGGGUGCUGUGGAAAAGGAUUAUCGCUCUGAAGUUUCUAGCCUCAUUGCAGAACUUGCAUCUGCAGCCGCAGCUGAAAGGCAGUUGGUGUUUGAAGAAGGUAUAGAGGAAAGAUUAUGUGCAUAUUCUCGGGCUGUGGCUCACUUCCCCACGGCAGUAAAAGAGUUCAAAUGGCGAAACGGGUGGUUCUAUUCUCUCUCCGAGAAAGCCAUUGCUGCUGGAAAACCCGACCCCUGCCCUCUGCAUACCGCUUGGCUUGGGGAGCUGAAAGUUAUCUAGGAAUGACCCUGUAUUGCUAUCAAAUGGAUUUCCUGUUGCACAACCGUUGGCUUUAAUCCAAGUGAAGAACUCUCUUUUUGUUUUAAAAAGUAGAUUUUGUACCUGUGUUCGUCUAUCUACAAAUCACCUCCAGUUACUUGUUGAAACUGGGCCCAGCCUCUUUCAGUUGGUUAUAGAGAAGGAUUCAUCAUCUGUACCAUCCUGAACUUCUGAACAGAAAAAUCCAUCAAUAAUGUCAAGAGAGAUUUAAUCAAACUUCUACA